GGCGCUAGCUGACACUGACAGGCACACUGCACCAGACAGUUAGCCUUUAGCACCACUUUCAUUCAUCUAACUGCUGUAAACAUGCAGGAAUGGGCGAAUCAAUUAUGCGAGAAUCGACACAUUGGAUCCAAGAUGACGGACUCCAAGUACUUCACCACUACCAAGAAAGGUGAGAUCUUUGAGCUCAAGGCGGAGCUUAACAGUGAUAAGAAAGAGAAGAAGAAGGAGGCUGUGAAGAAGGUCAUUGCAUCCAUGACAGUUGGCAAGGAUGUCAGCGCUCUGUUCCCAGAUGUUGUGAACUGCAUGCAGACGGACAACUUGGAACUGAAAAAGCUGGUCUACCUCUACCUGAUGAACUAUGCCAAGAGUCAGCCAGACAUGGCUAUCAUGGCUGUUAACACCUUUGUAAAGGACUGUGAAGACCCUAAUCCUCUAAUCCGGGCCCUUGCUGUUCGUACAAUGGGCUGCAUCCGCGUGGACAAGAUCACUGAGUACCUCUGCGAGCCACUGAGGAAAUGUCUGAAGGACGAAGACCCGUAUGUGAGGAAGACGGCCGCUGUUUGUGUAGCAAAGCUUCAUGAUAUCAAUGCCCAGUUGGUGGAGGACCAAGGCUUCCUGGACACCCUUAAAGACCUCAUCUCUGACUCCAACCCCAUGGUUGUAGCAAACGCAGUGGCAGCGCUGUCUGAGAUAGCAGAGUCUCACCCCAACAGUAAUCUACUGGACCUGAACCCUCAGACCAUCAACAAGUUGCUGACAGCUUUAAAUGAGUGUACAGAGUGGGGACAGAUAUUCAUUCUUGACUGCCUGGCAAAUUACACACCUCGUGAUGACCGUGAGUCCCAAAGCAUCUGUGAGCGUGUGACUCCACGGCUUUCCCACGCCAACUCUGCAGUGGUGUUGUCAGCUGUUAAAGUUUUAAUGAAGUUCAUGGAGAUGCUGCCCAAAGACUUGGACUACUAUGGCACCCUGCUGAAGAAGCUUGCCCCUCCACUGGUCACUCUCCUCUCUGCUGAACCCGAGUUGCAAUAUGUCGCUCUUAGAAACAUCAACCUCAUUGUACAGAGACGCCCAGAGAUCCUGAAACACGAGAUGAAGGUUUUCUUUGUGAAGUACAAUGACCCAAUCUAUGUCAAACUGGAGAAGCUGGACAUCAUGAUUCGCCUCGCAUCUCAAGCCAACAUCGCCCAGGUCCUGGCUGAGCUGAAGGAGUAUGCCACUGAGGUGGAUGUGGACUUUGUCCGUAAAGCAGUCAGAGCCAUUGGCCGCUGUGCCAUCAAAGUAGAGCAAUCAGCGGAGCGUUGUGUCAGCACACUGCUAGACCUCAUCCAAACCAAGGUCAACUAUGUGGUGCAGGAGGCCAUUGUGGUCAUCAAAGACAUCUUCCGCAAGUACCCUAACAAGUACGAGAGUGUGAUUGCCACCCUGUGUGAAAACCUGGACUCCUUGGAUGAGCCAGAGGCACGCGCCGCUAUGAUCUGGAUUGUUGGAGAGUAUGCUGAGCGCAUCGACAACGCUGAUGAGCUGCUGGAGAGCUUUUUGGAGGGUUUCCAUGAUGAAAGCACUCAGGUGCAGUUGCAGCUGCUGACGGCCAUUGUGAAGUUGUUCCUGAAAAAGCCUACCGAGACCCAGGAGCUAGUGCAGCAGGUGCUAAGCCUAGCCACGCAGGACUCUGAUAACCCAGACCUCCGGGACCGCGGCUACAUCUACUGGCGUCUGCUCUCCACAGACCCUGUGGCUGCCAAGGAGGUGGUUCUGGCUGAGAAGCCGCUGAUCUCCGAGGAGACAGAUCUGAUUGAGCCCACACUGCUGGAGGAGCUCAUCUGCCACAUUGGUACUCUGGCCUCUGUCUACCACAAGCCUCCCAGUGCCUUUGUCGAGGGCAGCCGUGGUGUUCAGCACAAGAGACUCCCCGGCAGUGCUGGAUCUGGGGAGAGUGUUGAGAGCCCGGAUACAGGUUCUGCUGCUGGAGUUUCUGAGGCGCCUCCUGCUGUCAUCCCAUCCCAGGGAGACCUCCUUGGAGAUCUGCUUAAUCUGGACCUGACACCUCCUACCACCACUGGCCCACCACCCCCCUCCUCUGGCAUGCAGAUGGGUGCCAUGGACCUUCUUGGAGGAGGACUGGACAGCCUGAUGGGGGAUGAGUCUGAGCCGCCACCCAUUCCCCUGCGGACGGACACUCCUCAGUCACCUCAGCUCUCACAUCAGUCCCACUCGUCCCCAUCGCCCCCAGAUUACAGCCCCACUGAGCUCGGCGGAGACCUUGGAGGUAGUCCUGCUAUGGGGGCUGGAUUCAGCGCUCCUCCAGCUGCAAUGCCAGCCUCUUUCAGUGCCCCAGUUAGCGGUGGUCUGGAUGACCUGUUUGAUCUCGGAGGUGGAGUUGGUAUGCCAAUGGGAGCCUACAGCCCCCCUAAAACAGUUUGGCUUCCAGCCAUGAAGGCCAAGGGUCUGGAGAUAUCAGGCACUUUUGCCCGCCGUGCUGGGGUCAUCCAAAUGGAGAUGACCCUCACUAAUAAAGCCAUGAGUGGCAUGGCUGAUUUUGCCAUCCAGUUUAACAGAAACAGCUUUGGUCUCGCUCCGGCUGGUCCCCUCCAGAUUCUCACUCCUCUUCCCCCAAACCAGAGUAUUGAAGCAGUCCUUCCCCUCAGCACCGUGGGACCUGUUAUGAAGAUGGAGCCUCUCAACAACCUGCAGGUGGCUGUUAAGAACAACAUUGACGUAUUCUACUUCAGCUGCCAGUACCCCAUCAGCAUGCUGUUUGUGGAGGACGGGAAGAUGGAGCGGCAGGUGUUCCUCGCCACAUGGAAAGACAUUCCUAAUGACAACGAGUCCCAGUUUCAGAUCAAAGACUGCCAUCUCAACUCAGAUGCAGCCUCCAACAAACUGCAGGGUAGCAACAUCUUCACCAUAGCCAAGCGUACAGUGGAGGGGCAGGACAUGCUGUAUCAGUCCAUGAAACUCACCAAUGGCAUCUGGGUGCUGGCUGAGCUGAGGGUGCAGGCAGGAAACCCAAACUACACGAUCUCUCUGAAGUGCAGAGCUCCGGAGGUUUCCCAGUGUGUUUUCCAGAACUACGAGAUGGUGCUGAAGAACUGAAAACUGAAAACCACCCCGCUGCCCUUGCAGACUCCCGGCACCUCCUCCUGCUCUUCCUCACCUGACCCAUGGACCAUAUUACAAGCUCACACGGUGUGGGAGCCACUUCCUGUUGUGUUGGCACUCUGUAUGUCAACCCAGCUGUUAAAUUAGGAUGGUUAAUGAUUUUUUUUUUCAUUUUGACCCAUUUUGACCCAUUGUGUUUCUUACUUUAAGACUGCAGAAAAUUCUGGUUGACUGUCUUUGCUAGCCUCAUCGUGUCCCCUCCUAUGUGUGUUCGCUAUAUACCAGUUUCAGGACGUUAUCUCAUGAUACAUGUUCUGAAUGAACACUUUCACAUUGAGCUGGUCCUCCACUCAGUGAUGACCUGUAUUCUUUUGGGGACAGACGGCUGUAUUCCCAUGACGAUUUUCUCUGCAUGAGGCUCUUUAAUCAUUAUCUAGCCCCACUUCUCUGCAAAUUGGAGUCUAUUUUUAGCGUCUGCAAUCAGCAGGUGAAUCAACACUGUCUGCAUAUUUAUUUAGGAUACAUUCAAUUAAAAUAAGGCUAAAAAAGGCUUGUAACUGUCCUUACCCUUGCCCCUGUGUGAAGUGGCUGCCUGGGCCUUAGAUGAGACACAUAAGAUACUUACAAACUACAUUAUUGUUGUCUUUGUCAUUUUGUAGUUUUCUUUAGCAUCUGUGGUUAGCAGUGGGGUCGGAUCCUCCGCUGUUCCUGAAAGCAGAAUGUGUGCUGUGUGCAUGGAUGCUGUUUGUUGAUGUGCAUUUCUUUAGUUUUUUUCCCAUCAAUAUCUGGACAUUUUAUAGGCUGGCAGCAGUCGUCCACUGCCUGCUCUCUUACUUAGUCAUUCCAUGGUUUGAUUUGUGUUUGUAGUCUUGUUAGUGUUCAUGUGGCAAACUGGGAGAGAGCCUCAGGUGUGGAGGAUUUUGUAUUUGCUGCUUCUUCCCCCUCCUGCGCUGGCAACAGCCACUCAGGCUCUCUCUGCCACUUUGCUCUGUCUGUAUCCUCAGCGCAGCCUCUCGGGCAACCACGGCCACCUGAGAUGAAGGCUCAGGUGAGAUAACUCUAAAUGUGUGAUGCCGUGACUCAUAACACUUGUGAGUAAUAAGUGUACAUGUAGGUAGCACAUUGUCUACAUCCAGUGUCCCUGUUUUACCUGCAAACUCGACCAGAUUAAUUGGAUUCUUAUUUCCGAGUCAUUACACUGAAGCCCUUUUUAUCGGCUCUGCAGGAUGUAUGCGCCCACGCUAACACCUUGUACAGAUUACAGCAGAGGUGGCUGUGUAUUCCAGAGCGUGUCUUUGUGUGUGGUGAUGGCUGAUUCAUAUGAAAUGCUUUAAAAACAAAAAAAAUCAAAUGUUUAAUCAGAUGUUUUUGAUCAACAUGAUUUUGUUCAUUGUGUGUACAUCAAAAGAACUAUUAAAACUCUUGGUAAAUUCACAUAA